AUGACUUUGCAACAUGGAAAUCCCAAUGGUCCAAUGGAUCCCUGGCUUAACGCUAGCUCUACUGCUGCGGAUUCCGAAGCGUUGACUCGGGAGCAGCUGGUGGAAAAUCGCCGGGACAUUGUUCAAGGCAUCCUUGAUCAUCUUUUGGAGGCUGAUUUCUACGAAUGGAGAUCCCCCUUGGCUUCACAUCCACCCCGAAGAUAG